AUGGCCUCCCCUCUGUCAAGUCCUGAUCUCAUCAGUGACGAUGCAACUGUGACGACGGCAGCCAGCAGUGCUACCGGUUGUAGUAGUGACGGCAACAAUUAUCAGAAGAGGCGGGCAGCCAGUGUCCAUCAUAUUGCCACCGAGUUUCUGGAUCAGGUUAUCUCGACGCCUGGGCUGAGCCAUACAUCUACCAUCUACGAGAUUGAGAAUCUGCAGGGUCCUCCUGGUUUGAUACGACAACGAGGACUGGAUGUGGUUUGCCCCGUCGAUGGACAAAAAGGAGCUGCCUAUGUGGAUUGUCUAGAGGGAGAGGAUCAUGUAGGGGAGGCUACACAUAUGCUGAGUUAUGCCUGGUCUUACAGCAUUGGCGACAUUGUGGAUACGCUAGUACACUACUGUACUUCCACCGGGAAAGACCCAAGGAGAGCAUAUGUCUGGAUGUGCUGUCUUUGUGUGAAUCAACAUCGCGUAGUUCUGCAGAAAAAGGAAGAUCGGUCUGGAGCCAGAGUGUUGGGGGGAUCAGGCAGAAUUGAUUUCUUUGCAGAAUUUGGAUUCAGGUGGAAUCCAUUGGACAUUUGCUUGCCAUGA